AUGUUGCCUGAAACAUUUGAUCUCCAAACUCUUCGCGCAGCGUACGCGGGUGGCAAAUGUACACCGACGGCGCUCAUCACAGCCCUCUACCCACGGCUCGUUGCGGCUGGUGACAUAUUUCUGUAUUUACCGCCGCUUGAUGAGCUUCUCAAGCGGUGCUCCGAGCUGGAAUCCCAGCCAGAGGCUGAGCGUGGUAGCUUGUGGGGAGUACCAUUCGGCAUCAAGGACAAUGUCGACAUUGUUGGCAUGCCCACAACCGCAGCUUGCCCAGCUUUCAGCUACAUGCCCGAGAAAAACGGCCCGGCGAUAGCGGCUCUCCUCGAGUCAGGUGCCAUUGGUGUGGGCAAAACCAACAUGGACCAGUUCGCAGCCGGGCUCGUGGGCACCCGCACUCCCUCCGCCACCUGCCCCCGCAGCCCCUUCGAUAGCCGCUUCAUCAGCGGGGGCUCCAGCAGCGGCAGCGCAGCGGCGGUGGGCAGCGGACUGCUCACCUUUGCACUGGGAACCGAUACCGCCGGAUCGGGCCGUGUGCCUGCGGGGCUGUGCGGCUGCGUGGGGGUAAAACCCACAGUGGGUAGCGUGUCGACAGUCGGUGUGGUUCCCGCAUGCGCCUCCCUGGACUGCCUGACUGUGUUCACAUGCAAUGUGGCGGAUGGGGUGGAGGUGAUGAGGGUGAUGAAGUCGGGAUGUGCGGGACCAGGGGACGUGUGGAGACGGCCUCCACCAUCAUCGCACACACCGUCACCAAUCACAGCACCAGCAGCAGCAGUAGGGGCAGAGGAGCCGGAGGGUUUCCGAUUUGGGGUCCCCUCCCCGGAGCAGCUGGACUGGUCGGGGCCAGGUGGCGCAGCGCUGGCUGCCGCCUGUGCCGCCCAGUUCGAAGCCGCCAUCGCUCGACUAGAAGCCGCCGGCGGGCGUCGAGUGGAGGUGGAUUUUGCACCGCUGAUGGCUGUAGCGGCUAUGCUGUACGGCACUUCCUUUGUGGCGGAGCGCUACAGUGGCAUCCGUGCUUUCCUGGAGAAGGGCCAGCCCUUUGUGGCGGCAACGGCGGCUGAGAAGACUCCAGGGGAGCGCCAGGCCGCGGUGGCUUCAGACGAGCGGCUGUUGCCCGUUACGCGCCACAUCAUCGCUGGGUCCGGAAAGUUCACCGCUGCGGAUGUGUACGACCACCUAGCGCAAAUGGCCGUGCUCCGCGCGCGUGCCUUGGACGAGCUGUCUCGCGUUGACGUACUGCUCGUUCCAACGGCCCUAACGCAUUGGACUGUUGCGGAGGUCGUGGAGGAGGAGUGUGCUGAACCCCCCACUUGGAGCCGUAACGCCAAGCUGGGUCGCUUCACCAAUUUCGUCAACCUAUUGGACAUGUGCGGAAUGUCCGUACCGUCUGGGCUUGUGUCGUACGACGCGGCGGUGCUCUCGGAGGACGCCUCCGAAGCCGAGCGGAGCCGAGCGGCUCACCUCGCAGCCACCGGCCCGACCUCCGUCACUUUGCCUUUCGGCGUUACCCUGCUUACACGCGCCUGGCGGGACGAAUGGUUGUGGAGUUUGGCGGCAAAGAUGGAGGCGCUGGCUGGACUCAAGUGCGGACCCGCGGGUCACGGAGUCACGCCGCCGGAGGUGGAAGUAGUCAUUCAAUAA